UGUGGUUUCUGCCGCCCCUUUCGUGACUGUGACCGCAUUCCGGUCUCUCGCAAGAUUCUCGUCAUCUACGAAAAAGCGGUGUCCGUUGCGGAUGAAUUGAAUCUGCUGUGAUACUCACUGUCUGAUCAACAUUUCAAGCACAUAACUUCGUUCCGUGAACUUUCCAGGCUGGGCCUGUGGAUAACCUUACGAUGUCGAACAGCGCUGCAUAUGCAGUACCGCAGGUGAAAAAGACCUCUGCCACUACGACAUCAAAAACCACCUUUCAUUUCGCCGCCGGCCUUUGUUCCGGCCUCAGCUCCGCCAUCCUCCUCCAGCCAGCAGACCUCCUCAAGACCCGAGUCCAGCAGUCUCAGAACGCCGCGCUUCUACCGACCAUAAAGUCCAUUGUCUCUUCUCCGAAUGGAAUUCGUGGCUUAUGGCGUGGAACCCUUCCCUCCGCCCUCCGCACAGGUUUUGGCUCAGCGCUCUAUUUCACAAGUCUCAAUGCCUUACGACAAGGUGUAGCGCAUACCGGAGUUCCAGUGGCCCUCUCCAACGCUAGCGCAAACGGUAAAGGUGCGGUGUCUUCGUCUGCUCUUCCGAAGCUGUCGAACUCGGCCAACCUUGCCACGGGUGCGGCCGCUCGCGUUGCGGCGGGAUUUGUGAUGAUGCCCGUCACCGUACUGAAAGUACGCUAUGAGUCGAGUUAUUACGCAUAUGGCAGCCUGUACAGUGCAGGGCGCGAUAUCCUCCGCACAGAAGGUGUGCGAGGCCUUUUUGCUGGAUUUGGGGCAACUGCUGCCCGUGAUGCCCCGUACGCAGGGCUCUAUGUUCUUUUCUAUGAGCAGUUGAAGCGGCGCUUCGCAUCACUGGCCGACUCAGGAACUGGUGACCAAUCGCUGAAGUCAUCAUCCUCAUCAAUUAACUUUGUCUCUGGAGCAUUGGCGGCUGGCCUUGCUACCGCGAUCACUAAUCCGUUUGAUGCGGUCAAGACUCGACUGCAACUUAUGCCCAACAAGUACGGAAACAUGAUGCGGGCGGUGAAGAUGAUGAUUCAAGAAGAUGGCAUGCGGAGCUUAUUGGGCGGCUUAGGGUUGCGUAUCACCAGAAAAGCGCUAAGUUCAGCACUCGCUUGGACAGUGUAUGAGGAGCUGAUUCUUCGUGCGGAGAAGCACUGGGCAUCAAGAGACUAA